GGAGGAGGAGGAGGAGGUGGGGGGGGAGAGGCUGCCUUUCCCCGGGCCUUCGUCAGAGCGAAGCGGUCAGGAAGAGCCGCAGCCCGUCUGCACCGGAGAGCAGCGAGGCACCGGGGCAGGAGCCGUGGGAUCGCACCCCUCCACAGCAGACGGGAUGGAGCAGCUCUUCCUCCUCUUCUUCCUGGGGCUCAUCACCAGCUCCUUGCAGAUUGAAGACAACAAGAUCCCUGGGCUGUGCUCAGGGCAGCCGGGCAUCCCAGGGACCCCGGGCCUGCAUGGGGGCCAGGGUCUGCCAGGCAGAGAUGGACGAGACGGCCGGGACGGGAUGAUGGGGAUGCCAGGGGAGAAGGGCGAGAUGGGCCCUCCGGGAGUGCCCGGUCCCCGCGGGGACGUGGGCAGCCCCGGCAGGGAUGGCAUGCACGGUGAGAAGGGGGCACAGGGCGAGUGUGCAGUGGCCCCCCGCUCGGCCUUCAGCGCCAAGCGCUCCGAGUCCCGCAGCCCUCCCCUGGCUGACCAGCCCAUCCGCUUCGACGUGGUGCUCAUCAACGAGCAAGGCCACUACGACCCCGCCACGGGCAAAUUCACCUGCGAGGUGCCUGGCCUGUACUACUUCGCCGUGCAUGCCACGGUGUACCGAGCCAGCCUCCAGUUUGACAUCAUGAAGAACGGCCAGUCCAUCGCCUCCUUCUUCCAGUACUAUGGGAACUGGCCCAAGCCCACCUCACUCUCUGGGGGUGCCCUGGUCCGCCUGGAGCCUGAGGAUGAGGUGUGGGUGCAGGUUGGGGUCGGGGACUACAUCGGCUUCUAUGCCAGCGUCAAGACGGACAGCACCUUCACCGGCUUCCUCGUCUACUCCUACUGGCAAAACUCCGCUGUCUUCGCCUAAGCCUGCCCUUGGCUGAGGCCAGGACCUGGGUACCUGCCCCUUCCCAGCCACUGGUGCCCUGGGGAGGGCAAUGCCAGGGUCCGGCCAUGGAGGAACCAGGACCCCUGCCCUGCUCUGCUGCAGCUGCGCAGCACAGGGCAGGGAUACAGCCCCUCUGCCACCCCAGGUGUGGCGGGGAGCAUCCCUUCAGCAGCGCUGUAUAAGAGCUAAGUAUAAUCGCAGGCACCCGGCGCUGGGGCAGGACACCCGCGCCGGGGAGCCGCAGUAACCUGGCUGUUGUAUGCAACUCGCCAUUAGCCGCCUCGACAUCACGGGCACGAUGAUGC